AUGUUAUUCUUCGUCGACAGUCCUGCCUGGUGGGCUCUCAGAAAACUCUUCGGCAAGAAGAGUUUCCCCCAUCCUGAAGAGACAGAAGAUGUGGUUAGACGUUUCGGGGAGUUCAAGCCAGAAUGUCCACCCAGUGCGAGCCGUCAUUGCCAACUUGACAGUUGCACCAAUUGCCGAGAUACUGCACCAAGUCUGCCGGAUCCCAUGUCAAGAGUGGACGUCGAGCAGCUUGGUGAUACUGAAGCUACAACCGACUGCAACGCGGCCAAGCACGAUGAAAAGAAGCGUGGUGCUCAGAGCUGUGAGUCAUUGUGUAUUGUGGACUGGUAUGACGACAAAGAUCCUAGCAAUCCAAUCAACUGGCCUUUCUGGAAGAAGACGCUGCUGAGCGUGACCAUCAACUUUACAGCCUUUGUCGUAUAUAUGUCAUCGGCCAUUUACACUCCAGCUCAGCCAGGCAUACAAAAUGAAUUUCGUGUUUCCCCAACCAUCUCUACACUUGGUCUCGGUGUUUUUAUAUUGGGAUAUGGCACAGGGCCCUUGUUCUGGUCACCAUUAUCGGAAAUGCCUGCCAUUGGUAGGAACAUACCUUACGUCCUUACCAUGGUUGUGUUUCUAGUGUUUACUGUCGCCGCUGCUCAAUCUAAUAGUUUCGGCAUGCUCCUGGCAUGUCGUUUCCUUCAGGGAUUCUUCGGUUCACCAAUUCUGUCGACAGGCGGUGCUUCCCUGAGUGAUAUAGUGAAUCAGCACACCAAGCCAUAUUCGCUUUAUACGUGGGCUGUUUCGUCUUUAGCAGGGCCUACAACGGGUACAAUUAUCGCCGGUUACACUGUUCCCAGCUUGGGAUGGAGAUGGAGUAUGUGGGAGAUUCUGAUCACGAACAGUCCUGCGCUUAUUCUUCUGCUUCUUCUUCCCGAGAGCUCACCUUCCACGAUUCUCCACUGUCGAGCCAAAAUGAUACGGCAAGCAACAAACAAGGAGUGCUUUGUGACCCGGGCUGAAAUCGAAUUGGCCAAUAUUACAGUCUUUGACCGCUUCUAUGCUUCUCUUGUCGUUCCCUGGCGAGUCAAUCUGCUGGAUCCAGCCAUCAUGUUUACAAGCCUAUACACUGGCCUUGUUUAUGCUAUAUUCUUCUCCAUGUUUGAGUUUGCGCCCAUGGUCUAUGGAGAAGUUUACGGCAUGGAGCCGGGCCAGAUUGGAUUAGUCCUCAUCUGCAAUAUUAUUGCAACAUUAGGAGCAGCUGUUCCCUACCUCGGGUUCAUUUACUGCGUGGUCAAUCCCGCCAUCCGUGCGGGCAAAGAAAUUUCUCCUGAGCGGCGUCUGGUACCAGCUCUGUUUGCAUCUAUCUUGAUACCGUCGGGCAUCUUCAUAUUCGGCUGGACGUCCAGAGCAUCGAUCCACUGGAUUGUCCCAACUAUCGGCGCUACAUUCGCGACUGCCGGCUUUGCUAUGAUUAUACAAAGCAUUUUUGUCUACAUAUCCAUGGUCUACCCUCAGUACGCUGCGUCACUUUUCGGUGGUAAUGGUUUUGUCAAGGCGAUUGUAGCCUUUGGUGGGGUCUUGUGGUCCCACCCUCUGUAUAACACACUGGGCCUGCCUAUUGGUAUGUCAGUCUUAGGCGCUAUUUGUACUGUCUUUGUGUCUGGGAUUUUCAUCUUGUAUGUAUGGGGAGAAAGGCUGAGAAAGCGGAGCAGAUUUACUUCAUCGUAG